AGGCAUGAGCGAAAAGCGCUGUGUGUUUUCUUAGAAGUGUCGAGCCGAUCACCUCUGGAAAGGGAGACACUGGCACUGCUGUGAUAGAAUGGAAUAGGGGAAUCAAUAGUACUGCUGUAAUGCAGUCCACGAGAUUCGCAUUCUCCACUGGCAGCCUUGUUUUCGCAAUAGAUACAGAAGCACUUCCAAUAAGAAUAAGGGAUUGAGCUAGCAUCUGAGGAAAAACAAACAUCAACUAUGGCGGACUCUGUAGCAGCUUUCGGAGGUGGAGGUGGAGCGACUUCUACGGGAAAUCUAACGAUGGGUGGUAGCUCCUCGAGUCAUUCUUUCGGUAGCAUGCGACCUCCGUCGCUUCCUCCGAUGCACCGGCCUACGUCAGCGGCUCUAUCAAUAGACAGGCGACCCAGCGGUUCGUCAUCAUCCGGUGGUGGUGCUCUGCCAAGCGGGAACGAGGGAAACACGCCGUUACACCAGACGCUUCAACAUGUCAUACCAGGCCAAAUUGGGGGAGCUUCAAGUAGUUCGUCUUCUAUCGCACCGCGAACAAGCACAGGUAGUAGUCCAGCAGCGGCUCCGGCUGAUCGGUGGCGAGAAUCGAAAAUCGCAGCGAAGUUUCGGACCGUGCUGGAGAAGUACUCGAACUCUUUACUCACCGCACAAGGCACCGAUCCGAAGCUGCAAAAAGUGUGCCAGUUUGCGUCGGAAAUUGUCAAGAACGCCGAGAAACAGUGGAAUGCCAUCAACAAGGACAGCAUUGUACGAGGAUUGGAUUUGUGCAUGUUGAAUUAAAAGUGUUCUGCAGCACGUGUCGCAUCAUUUGAAUCUGUUCUUGGAAUGAGUUUUCUCGCUCCUUGAAGUGUUGUUUUGUUACAUCGAAUCGUGGUGAGACUCUAGUAGUUCUACUCAACGCAAAAUAAACACUAAGGUGAAGGAGUUCGAGCAGCGUGCCCAAGCCGCCGAGGUACUGCGACAGGCUCGCCUCAGACACGAGGUCGGAUUGGCCCAGCUCCGGCACGUCCGGAUGGUAAAACCGGAGGCGCACAACACCGCGCUGAAAGCCAAUCUGCAGCAUGAUCUUUCGCAGGUGCAGCAGAUUGCGGAACAGGCCGGGAGCCAAGGUCCCGGCCGCCGAGCACUGGAGGAAUAUGCGGUAAGUAGAGGGAAGAUCAUUUCGACGGCACGGCUGUAUGAAUCAGACGUUUUUGCAGCGCUAAUUGCCGCGUGAAGACAAAGAUGACUUUUGCGGCCGAUGACUUGUAUCAGGUGAGCCUCAGGGAAAAUUAAUAUAUGAACCCACAGGUCCGGCUGACGCGUGGCGCCGAAGGCGUGGCGCAAGACUUGGAAACGUUGAAGAAGCGAAAGAAGGCCAUAAUCGAGAAGGAGAAAGAUCUGGUCCGCAUCGAAAACCAAAUUAUGGCGCAGCCAGAUGGGAACCAGCUGGAGCAGUUGCUUUAUGGCGUUCACCUAGAAAAGGAAAACGCCAUCGCUAGGGUUCCGGAAUAGCGCGGGCUUUCGCCAGGUGUGUUGCAGGCCUGCGUCAUGGCGGUGUUGACGACUUCGCUCGGAUGUUAUCGCCUGUCAAUUGAUUCCUUUCCGCAAAUUCCAACGUUCGUUCGCAGAAUAAACUGGUGUCGCUUGUUGGUCCCACAGUGAAAGCCUGUUGUGAGCACAAAAAGGCCCGCCCCUUGAGUGUGAGACUUUCAUCGAACGAACGUAAUAGAUACGUAGACCAAAACAAGAAAAGAGAAUGUCAACGUAAUCGCAUCGGCGCAACCGGAAUGUCUUCACUGUCACUCACAGCAGUAACGAACCAAAAAAACCAGUGUUCCCUGAGUAGACCCGUCUUCGUUGUCACUCGAGAGGCC